UGCACACACACCUGAUUUGCAUUAUUAAAACUAUAAAUGACAAAUAGUGCAUAUUAAAUGGAAGUGAGGUGGAAGAUAAUAUUGAUAUCAGAUUUUUUAACAAAGCUGUUUUAUGUCAUUGAAGGUCUCAGAUGGACAGAGUUUGAAAUGCCACAUGUAGUUAUUGUGGUCCCAUCACUGAAGAGUACAAAGAAUGGAAACUUUUAUACAGUCGACAGGAUUGGAAAUUACUUAACAGAUAAUGGAUACACCUGUCUAUUGGUUGAUCCCAAAUCAUUUUCUUCAAAGGAAGAAUUUCAACUUUUUGUUGAAACUGAAGGAGUUGAUCUGGUAUUUGGGAUACAUGCCUAUAAAUCUGGAUGUAUUUUUCAAGAUGCAGGAUCAGGUAUUUCGGUGCCGUAUAUACUGAUGCUGGGUGGUACUGAUAUCAAUGAGUACUCGAAGGACCCAGCUCAACUAGAGGUGAUGACAAAAGCUGUUGACGGUGCCAGACAUCUUGUUGUUUUUGGCACAACAAUGCUUUUAAAAACUAAGGAAUUAUGGCCAUGCUAUCCAAGUGAACAUAUCAAGGAAAUAAAACAAGCUGUGAUUGUCAAGCCGUCCUUGUUUAGUCUGUUUGACUACUUGACGUCGAACCAUCUGAUCAAAACAUCUGCGUCGUCCACUCUCAAGAUAUUUCUGCUGGUUGGUGGAGUACGACCAGUCAAAGACCCGGUGUAUCUUUUUGAUAUUUUUUCUGAAUGGCACAAACAAGAUGAUUCAGUUUUCUUAAUUGUUGUUGGACCUAAGGUUGAUUUGCAGUAUUGUGAAGAGGUGUUUAGUCCUGCUGUAGACAGUGCCUAUGGAGUCAUCUAUAUCUCUGAGUUACCUCUUGCUGAUGUACAUGCCGCAAUAAAAGAAAGCUUUGCAUUGGUCAACUCGUCUAAGAGUGAAGGCAUGUCAUUGGCUAUUUUAGAGGCAAUGAAAUUGAAGACUUUGGUGUUUGUACGUGAUAUUCCUGGCAACCACGAUUUAGUUGAAGAUGGCUACAAUGGAAUUGUUUUUAAUACCCCAUUUGAGUUCCAUCAAAAAGCUUUGUCAGUUCUGAACAAUCCCGACCAUAGGAAAAAGCUCAUAUCACAGGGAUUUGAGUACGUCACCAAGAACCAUAACCCAGACGAUGAACAGCAGGCCUAUUUGUCUUUUGUCCACGAAAGUUUGCAGUGCUGAAACAAUAAUUAAAAAAAGAAUCACAAUCCCAGGAAGGUAUAUGGACUCACUGAAAAGAUAGGGAAACAGAAAAGGCAAGCAAAAUGAAACUGUGACACACGAACUAUAUAUAGAUGUAUACUCCGGUACUUUGAUUUUAAUCAUCUAGCUGUAAAAUGUAGAGAGAGACCUAUCUCAGGUGUUUUAGGCCAAAAUUAAUUACUUAUACUCAUCUGCCAAAAGACUGCUGAAAAAGAGACUCACCUGCCAAAAUACUGAUAAAGGUAACUAAGAGAGGAUGGAGUGCAGUUGGUGCGUAUGCACCACAGUCCAUAUUAGCUUCACUAUAAGAAAAAAAGACAGAUGUACACAGAUGUGAUGUUUUUGAACUUUUUGUGUGUGUAAAAUUAUUUUCACAUAGUAAAUUGAUUUGAGAUGCAGGAAAUUGAUCUUGAUUUAGGAAAAUUUUAUUUAAAAUUUGUUUUGUUUAACGACACCACUAGAGCACCUUGAUUUAUUAAUCAUCAGCUAUUGGAUGUCAAACAUAUGGUCAUUUUGACACAGUCAUA